AUGGCCGCUCAGCCAGCUUUUGGUCUACCCACAGGGGCUCAGAAGCUCAAAGAGGUCACGGAACUGGUUGAAGCGCUCACUGAAGAUCUCGAAGAAGAUCAGUUUCUUCCAGAUGACCGCGCCUUAGCUCUAGAAAAGCUUAAGCUAUACAGUCGAGACCCCAGUAAUGCCGAACCUCUCUUCUCGGAAGCAGGCUUCACUAUGCUCCUCCGCCAUGCCUAUGAUAGACCAUCUACCAAAUCAGCUCGGGCUGCACUGAAGGUUAUAGCUAAUUUGAUGCUUCUCGUCCCUCCUACGCGGCAUAUGUUUGUCGACAAAGGUUUUGCUCAGAAAGCCAUCAAAGAACUAGACACCGGAAAUUAUGAUGAUGAAUUUCUCAACUCUCGUAUCUUGUUCCUGACCACAUAUGAAACAAAGAUCGACCUGAAGGAGCUCCUCGAUAAAGAUAAACUGGCCGAUCGCAUUAUCAACAACCUAGCAAAGCAUGCAAAGGAAAUGGACACCAAGGCCAAGGCUGACCCCAUGCAAGACAUGGCGCUCACCGAAACCGUAAAGCUCUUGUUCAACGUUACACAUUGGUGUAAAGAGAAAGCCUCAUUAUUCAAUCCUGCAGUCCCUCAUCUGAUAGCUGUACUGUUCAAGGCUGACGUUUCCCAAACGAAGCCGCUUGACCCUCCGGUCGGAUUCAUCAUUAACGGCUUCCUUAAUCUUGACCUGAAUACCCCAGAGAACCAGGAGGCUCUUCACCCCAAGGGCGAUCCUGAGAGGGUAGUAUCUAGGGUGAUUGACAUUCUAGAUGUCUCCAUUCGAACAAUUCCCGACAAUCAGAAGGAUGCUUCCAUUGUCCCAGUCCUUGGCCUCGUAAGGUCGAUAUACGAGCAUGCGCCUGAUUCUACGAAAGCGUUCAUUCGCGAAAAGCUCUUGCCGACGGAGCAGGAGAGAAAGGAUGUUCUGGGCAAAGGACACAGCUUAUCAGCCAAACUACUCCAAAACAGCAACAACGCCAUGGCCCCGUCAUUGCGCAACCUGAUCCAACAUGUGCUCUUCGAGCUGUCUGAUAAGGAUGCCUCCAAGUUUGUCGAGAACGUUGGCUACGGCUUUGCAUCUGGCUUUCUUUUCCAAAAUAACAUCCCUAUUCCAGCUUCGGUUGCAGAGGCUCACGGCGCUGGUGAGGCGGCCAAGGAGCAGAAGCCUGUCAACCCCAUCACUGGCCAAUUUGUUGAUGCUGAGAAGCCAGUUGACGAGCCUGAGAUGACGGAGGAGGAGAAGGAGCGAGAGGCUGAAAGACUCUUUGUAUUAUUUGAACGAUUGAAAAAGACAGGCAUUAUUGACGUUCAGAACCCGGUGGAGACCGCCUUGAGGGAGGGUCGUUUCAGAGAACUCAGAGACGACGAGGUGGAAGAGCUUGAUUAG